AUGGCCGGUGCAAUUAUUGAAAACAUGAGCACCAAAAAGUUGGUGAUCGUGGGAGUGAUUCUGCUUUUAUUCCAAGCGUUUUCUUUUAUGGUCGGAGGCUUGAUUGGUAAGCAUGGUUUUUCCAAUUGUAUUCCUUUUUGUUGCAACCUUUGGCUUUGUUAUGCGAUAUCCGCGGUUGAAUAACCACGAUUUAUAGAUGAUCGAAUAUUCUAGGUAUCAAAUAAUGAAAACAACUUAGUUCUUUAGACAAUAUCAUUUUAAAGAGGAUUGUAUUUUUUAAAACAUCUAUGUUUUGUUAUAAAAUGGAACAGUAUGGCGACUGUAGGGCUUGCCUUAGUAGCAUGCUUCAUCUUGUCAUGUAAAAGUUUUGCCUAUGUAACUAUUAACAAUGUAGCCUUUAACGAAGUUUUGAACUCGUCAAAGUUUUAAGAAAAAUAACGUAUUCGUCUCCAACUCAAUCUUUUCAUCUGUGUUGACGUUGCGUGGUUUAAUGUGGUCUUGAAACAUUGUAAAAUUUUCCAUUAAUAAUACACAAACAACUUCCCUAUUUCAUAAAACUUAUUGUAAAGUAUCGAGUUAAUUCACUUUUAAUUGGCAAAUGAGUUUGUUUUUCCAAUAAUAAUAACCUCUAUUCCUGUAAAACACCAUAGGAAUUGGUGUUUAUCUUGAACUUUGAUUCAACACAGAAUGUCUGCUCUCCUCCUUCCCCUCAUUAAGUCUGUCUCCGUGGCCCCAGGCAGGCAGUCCCCCUUGCAUCCCCCUCAAAUCCCAAACCCCUCUCAGCAUUGCAUAUUUCCUCUUCUCCUGCUGGUUCCAUUUGCAUGGCUCUACUCUCCACUGACACACACACACACACACACACACACACACACACACACACACACACACACACACACACACACAGCUGUCAAAAUGGUGUUCUGCCUCAAGGACUACACCAGAGUUGCUGUCAGCUUUUUUCCCAUGUGCCUACACACACACACACAGAUACUCCUACACAAGCUCAAUGUCACAAUAGUUGAGUCCUAUAAGGCCUGUUGUUACAGAUUCCUAUCUGGUUAGUUUGGGGGAAAACUUUCUCCACUCAGUCAGUCUCCACUCCAGAGCUGGAUGGCUACUGAUACAAAUUAGCUUGUUUAGGACGCUCCUGCCUUAGAUAGUUUUAAUGAAGCCGGAUGCCUUUGUAUUUGCUUGGUGGCCGGGGCAAGCCAGGGUAAUUGAGUAGAAAGGCGUUCAUCUCCCCCUGUUAUUGGACAACUCCGACACGGCAUGAGGUCACUGGGCAGAGAGGCGGACGUUAUUGCGGAAACACUGAGGUGGAAACUGGAGGAGUGUUGUGUGCCCGGAAUCUUAGGGUCACAGGAUAAUUGAACUCUGAGGGGUUCAGUAGAGCUGGUUUAAUUCAAUUUGGUGUGUCUGUGUGCUUGUUCCUGAGUAGGCCUAAGUCCAUUGUGAGGUGACACUGGCGCACCUAGCUAAGAAGACACACACACACACACACACACACACACACACACACACACACAGAGAGAGAUAGUUGAUGCUCUUCUCAAGAUGGCCUGAUUAGUUUUAUGAGCGGGUGCCAAAGGCCUAGCCUCAAGGGUGCUUUUAUGUUGUGGUAUGUUUUUUCAGUUACUCUAUUAAGAGUAAAUAAAUUGUCUCGACAUCAGCUGGUAAUGGAGACCAUCUGCACAGACCAGGGCCUCGCAAUCGGACAUGUUUCCUUGUUUUAGCUGUUUUCGUCUGUGGAUAAAACAUAAAAGGUGUAUGAUAUUUGAGCACGUAAGUAACUAAUGUGAAACGGUGGAUUGUUGUUGGUGUCUCAAAUGACUUCCCUUUGAGCUAAUCAUUGAUUAUAGUAGCACUGAUGUAUUCCUAGCAAGGAUUAGUUAAUUACCCCUGAAUUUAGGGGGAUAUAUUGAUGAAGGGAAAAGUCGCUCAUGCUUUUUUGGCCAUGGCUGACGUCUGUCUCUGGCCCUGAGGGUCUGUCUCUUGUUUUUACCUAUUACCAAUACAUUACAGUAUUGUGUGCUGGGGCCUUUCCCGGCAGCUAGUUUCAAAGGGAUUGGGCCUUGCUACAGGGUGUUCUGUCAACAUGGUUAGAAAUAAUUGGCACUUUGUUAAUGCAGGAUUUGGCUAGGUCAUUUUGUGGGUGAAAUUUUAUUUUACUGUUUUUGACAAUAAACAAAAACCAUAGCAAAACGUCUUCAUGUAUACCUACUUUGUUGAGCUUGAUAGCUGUCUGACACAUCUUAAACUCCAGGACAAAGCUUUGAUUAUGAGUUUGGAAAUGGAUUGUUUUUAACUUCACCUUUAGCCUAACUAUGAAUUCACUGAAAGUAGACACACUUUGUGAGGCACAUACACGUUAUAGAAUACAAAGUUGUUUCAAAAUUCCACACGAUUGCACUUUUCAGCACAAUACUAAAAGGAUACACAUAGAGCAUUGAAAUAAGAACGCAACAAAAUUGUGGAACGAUGUGGUCAGCCACCAAAAAUUACAAUUUUAAAUCCCCAAAAUACCAUUUACCGCUCAUUUCAUCAAAUAUAUAUAUAUUUAUUUUCUACACGAAAGGUGUCAUCCUCAGGACAGAUGAAUAGGACUACUUAUGUAUCUAGGGUAGCUAACACUGUAACCGGGCAGUAACCUAGCAAGCAAUUACCCAGGCUAACGUCUCUUUUCCUCUCCAUGUAGCUCCCAGCCCCACCACAGCGGUCCACUACCUGGCCACCAAAUGUGUGGAUACGGUCAAACACCACCAGAGCACCAAAUGGUUCAUGCCCUGGGGCCCUAACCAGUGCGACAAGAUCCGGGACUUUGACGAGGCCAUGGCCAAGAAGAUUGAGGCCAACAACAUUGUGUUUGCCGUCCAUAUCCCCCUGCCCAACAAGGAGAUGAGCCCCUGGUUCCAGUUUAUGCUGGUCAUCCUACAGUUUGACAUUGCUUUCAAGAUGUACAACCAGAUAGGUGAGCGACAGUUCUUGUUAGGAUUCAUUGUGUAUCAAUUGUGUUAUUUCAGGAGUCCGUGACAUUUUUACCUUGUUGAUCUUUGUCUGUUUUUGUGUGUUUGUGUUGUCUGUCUGUUGUCUUUGUAUAUUGUCUGGCAGUCUUUCUGUCAGUCUUUGUCUGGUUUGUCUGUCUGUGUUGUAUCAUGACUCAUGAGGACUCACCAGUCCAUGCAGCUCUAUGACCUCUGAAGUAUGUGUCCUUUAUCUUUUACACUCUCUGUGGAUCCAAUUCUAAAGUAUUCAGAUGUGUCUAUAGAUACUGUUGAUAUUAGUGUCCCUCUACGUCACCUCAGGCUGUUGCCUGCUUUUGUCCCAUGAGCCUCCAGAGGAAUGUGCCUUUUCUCUCCCCAGUAGAUUGGAUUUCUCUCACGCUGAGAGGAAGGCCUAACGAUGACGGAUGUGCUGGUUCUCCCUAGUGAUACAAGCCUCAGAGAUCCAUGUCAGAGGCUAAUAGUCUCUAUAGAACAGGUAGUUGGGGGAGGCUCGAACUGUGGUGGGCUGUCUCAAUUUGGAAGCUGAUAGCUUUGGAAUUCCCUAGUAUGCAGUGGAAUAACACUGCUGAGCAAAUAUGUCACAUUUUCUCCUGGCUAUCCACAAGACGAAUUGUAACAUGGUAUAUGGUACGUCACUCAGUGAGGGUUGGGGAUGAGUGUCUCACUCUCCAUUGUAGAGGUCAAUGUAACAUUUGAAAACAAACACAAAAGCCCUGAAAUAUUGAGUUAUUUUCAGCAGCAGGUGUUUGCUCAAUUAACUUGUGCCUGAUCUGAUGAAGGCUAGUUUUUCCCCCAUCCUUUUGCUCAUCAAAGCAGACAUCCCGCACCUCCCUGUAUCUUCUUAACAUUCCUUUACGUUCAGAUCAGGAAUGGUUGGCCACGUCCUUAUCUGAACAUGGUAUAAGUCAGAUCUGUGCCCAAUUCCAAUCUGAACCCAAUGCACUUCCUGUAUACCUAUUACAAUAUGGUACUAUACAUGGGAAAAGGUCACCAUCUUUCUUACAUCAAUCCAGUCUGUUCUCCCAGAUCUACCUGAAAAUAUUAGGUGUAGGGAUGAGGGUUUGAUUUGGAAGUGUGCACAGUUCUCACAUUCAGAGAAGGAUUAAGACUAGGCAACCCUCGUCUGGCCUGGGAUAAAGGGAAGGGUAGUAUGGAAUGUUGGGCUUGCUUCUCCCUUCUGUAGCACUGUAGCGAGUGGAAUGUCUAUUGAGUGUGUGGUUGGUAAGAAGGAGGCGGCACUGACUGGGCAGAUCGUCGCUUUGCGCUGCGCCAGGUCUGGGGCUGUGAAAGAAGGGAUUAGAGGUAUAAUGAAGAGGUCUAAUGAAGGGGGAUUGGUGGGCUGGGCCGGCCUGGGAAUGUGAUCAGAACACUCUUUUAAGCUCCAGGAGCCAUUUGGAUGGAGGGAGGCAGAGCCCAACUUCUUCUUAUGUUGUGUAACAGAUUUCAUAGCUGGCUUAGCAGCGGUUGUACAGCAGGGAUCAUCAACUACAUUCAGCCGCGGGCCGUAUUUUUUUUUGUUGAGUGGAUGGUCAGGGGCCCGGAACAUAAUUACAAAUAAUUUGUCGACUGCAAAUUGACCGCAAGAAGCACAAACUGAUAUAACUUUUGACUAAAACAUAAUAAUUUCAAACCUUGCUUACAUUUUGUGUAUGAUCACACAUAUCUCUCUAUUAUGCGUGGGAGUAGUUUGGAACAGAUUUUCUAAAUGAAAAUCACAUGGAGAUGAUUUGCUGGUGUUAUGUCCAACAAUAAAAACUUGUAUUUUUUGUUCAGAGAACUUGGGUUGGCCAAAUAAAAUCCCCUGUGGGCCUCCAGUUGGGGAACUGUGUAACUUCCUCCUCUCACCAAAGAUAUGUUGCGAAGUACGCUUGUGAGCAGUGAAGUUGCAUUUUAUUACGACAAAACAUACAUUUUAUAUUUUCUAUCUUGUUUGAGUGAGGUUUAUACGGUUUAUUCCCAUAUAAACCAAGUCCUGUUUCAGUGUAUACUCGUCAAAGUGUCGAGUCGUAAAAAAGAAAUAAGUUCCUGUCCCAAGCAUGAAAUUGUUGGGGUUGUUUACAGCUUGCGCUGCCAGAUUAGUCUGUGAUUCACCACUCCGUCCCAGAAUUCCACCCACACAGAUGCUGUGGAAUGGGACUGUUAUCCACCCCACUCUGAGCCACUGGGGCAGCCGGGGCCAGGCAGACUACCUCUGAUCAUUUGCCAGCAGUGUUAAUGUGCCUGGCCGCGGGCCCUGAGGCAAGGGCCUAAUGAUCACCUUGAUGCCAACAGCUGCCAAUGACCGAGCCGCGGAGGAGAGCUAGACAUCCGGCACGAAAAUGGCAAGCAGCUGCAUAUCAAACGACAUAUUCAACUUCAGUGCUGAAACGUGUAGCUGUAAUGUAACCGAUCACAAAUCAAAUCCAGGUUGUCCUUGCAACUCAAGAUCAUAUUAGCUCGCUGAACUCUAGGUCUCUUUUUGGUCUCAACAGAGGUCAGAUAGUCUCAGGCAGGAAUACUCUUCAUGCGAGUCUAGCUCUGCAAACAACCACUGUUACAUUAACAAGGAGUGGAGCGCUAGUUUGUUCAAGGAAGAGGAUUUCCAGCCAGUCUAUUGACAGCUCUAGGUUGAGGAGUUCCAGCCAGUCUAUUGACAGCUCUAGGUUGAGGAGUUCCAGCAGUCUAUUGACAGCUCUAGGUUGAGGAGUUCCAGCAGUCUAUUGACAGCUCUAGGUUGAGGAGUUCCAGCCAGUCUAUUGACAGCUCUAGGUUGAGGAGUUCCAGCAGUCUAUUGACAGCUCUAGGUUGAGGAGUUCCAGCAGUCUAUUGACAGCUCUAGGUUGAGGAGUUCCAGCAGUCUAUUGACAGCUCUAGGUUGAAGAGUUCCAGCCAGUCUAUUGACAGCUCUAGGUUGAGGAGUUCCAGCAGUCUAUUGACAGCUCUAGGUUGAGGAGUUCCAGCAGUCUAUUGACAGCUCUAGGUUGAGGAGUUCCAGCCAGUCUAUUGACAGCUCUAGGUUGAGGAGUUCCAGCAGUCUAUUGACAGCUCUAGGUUGAGGAGUUCCAGCCAGUCUAUUGACAGCUCUAGGUUGAGGAGUUCCAGCCAGUCUAUUGACAGCUCUAGGUUGAGGAGUUCCAGCCAGUCUAUUGACAGCUCUAGGUUGAGGAGUUCCAGCCAGUCUAUUGACAGCUCUAGGUUGAGGAGUUCCAGCCAGUCUAUUGACAGCUCUAGGUUGAGGAGUUCCAGCAGUCUAUUGACAGCUCUAGGUUGAGGAGUUCCAGCCAGUCUAUUGACAGCUCUAGGUUGAGGAGUUCCAGCAGUCUAUUGACAGCUCUAGGUUGAGGAGUUCCAGCAGUCUAUUGACAGCGCUCUAGGUUAUUACUUUCUCACGGCAUCCAAAUCUCUCUGGCUGACAGGUAAGCAAAGAAGCAGAGCUCUCAGUGUCUGACAAAAUGGCCUCUGUCUAUAACUCAACCAGAACCACUUUCUUUAGACAGUACCAUGCCAAAGGGUUAGACAGUACCAUGCCAAAGGGUUAGACAGUACCAUGCCAAAGGGUUAGACAGUACCAUGCCAAAGGGUUAGACAGUACCAUGCCAAAGGGUUAGACAGUACCAUGCCAAAGGGUUAGACAGUACCAUGCCAAAGGGUUAGACAGUACCAUGCCAAAGGGUUUAGACAGUACCAUGCCAAAGGGUUAGACAGUACCAUGCCAAAGGGUUAGACAGUACCAUGCCAAAGGGUUAGACAGUACCAUGCCAAAGGGUUAGACAGUACCAUGCCAAAGGGUUAGACAGUACCAUGCCAAAGGGUUAGACAGUACCAUGCCAAAGGGUUAGACAGUACCAUACCAAAGGGUUAGACAGUACCAUGCCAAAGGGUUAGACAGUACCAUGCCAAAGGGUUAGACAGUACCAUGCCAAAGGGUUAGACAGUACCAUGCCAAAGGUAAGGGGAUUCUACUCCUCAGUCAUAUGACUAUUGCGGAAUGUAUAAAGAAGCCCCCCAACAGCACCUUGGCCACUUGGUGUUAUAAAGCUGGUCCCUGAGAUGAAUUGACCCCCUUUCUUCCUCCCCCACCCCACUCUACCCCGGCUCCAAUCACCCCUGGCAGGGGUCCAGCAAUAACACAGCUGUUGAGAAGGCUUAGUCACUGUGGCGAUGGGCGCUGGACUGGGGUGGAAUGUUUGUGUGCGGUAAGCUGACAUUCAGGAUCUUUGGUAGUGUUCGCUUGAGAGGGGAGGGAUAGAGGGGUUCGGGGAGACGGUAGAGGAGAGAGGACUGCCAAUAACCCCCCCCCCCCCCCCCCCCCCCUCUUUUCCUCUCUUCCCCCUCUCCCGGUCAGGCCACCGGGUUUCUUUCAGUGCUCUCCAGCUUGUUUCAUAACUGCACAAGAGUCUGUUUGGAAGGGGGAAGUACAGAACACUUUGCCUUUGCAAUGUGAUCUAAAGCCUGUCUUGGCAUGCUCACUCCCAUUUUGUUUCUUAAAGCACUUAAAACGAGGUUCAGCUCUGAAAGGUUUCACCUUCAAGUCAGGCCUAUAGUAUCAUUACCCACUGUGUAGUAGUAGACUGAACUCAAGGCCUUACGUACAUGUACGUAAAAUAGCUUUAAGCUACAGGGAAAUGUUUCAGAUCAUUGAUCAUCCUUGGACUAUUUUUGGAUCAACAUGGCAUGAAGUUGAGAGGUUUUGGUGCAUCUGUUCUGAUAGUGUUUUUGAUGACAUGGUUUCUUUCUUUCCUACAUACUUUGAAGGUUGAAGGGAUAGUUCACCCCAACUUGAAAGUUUCUCCAACGUUUUCAUACCUCAAACGAUCAAAUGAGUCACAUUUUAAGGACAUAAAAUGGAGUGGCUACGGAUAUGGAGUUUCUGUAUCCCAAUUUCCUAAGGCAAAAAAUAUAUGGAUAUUUCUGCGCAUGUGCAGGAUAUUUCUUUUUUACGUAGUUGAGUACCCACUCCGCUGCCACUCCCCCCUCCUUUAUCGCCUCUGGUCACUGGUGUAGCUUACAAACUUAAUGUCGUCCACAAAACUGUUAUAACAUGCCUUGGUAAUCAUAAGCGCGAUUUCAUGUCCUUUUUUUGCAGGAGGGUAGUAGGCUAUUUACAUAUUUUACACAAUAUGCAUUAUCAACUUGAUCGUACAAACUUUGUCAGUAUUUCAAACAUAAGCAAGACACAAACAGGUAGUCUAGCCAAUUUCAUGUUAUUCUUAGCUGCUGAGGUAAAUGCAGCUAUUUACUCUCUCCAAGAUAUCACUAUAUGGCAUAAAUAUGGAACUUGCCCAUUGUCAGAUAUUUUUAAUUUUUUUAUCGAUCUGGAUACAUGCCCGGCUGCCUAGAACGUUCGGCUGCCCAGAGGUGGAACGCAGCAAGACAAUUAGUGAUUGAAUGUUCUUUUUCUUUCAUCAUCAUUGCAAACAUUGGCUAUGCUGCACAGGAGGCAGACAGGCAGUCAACUGCAAUCUACAUGACAACAGACAGACCGAGAAGGUUGUAGCCUUCGUAUACAUGUUUUGGAAUGUUCAUUCAAAUUGCCUCAGGCUUUUUAUUUCAGCUGUUGAGAAAUACGAGGCAGAGACAUAGGCUACGUCAUCAUGGUUCAGAAGAGGCUGUACGGCCACUGCAUGGUCAAUCCAACGUCUGCAGUGGCCGUACAGCAUUUACUGUGAUAAGGCCACUGCAGAAUUAAGGGGAUUCAUACUUCUUGCGCUACACAUUGAAGAGCUGUUGUGAAGGAAGUUGUAAUUGAGUUUGUGUUUAUACAGGACCUCAUGAAAAUGUUGGUUGACGGUAGGUGCACGGCGUUGCGGUACGGAGCUCGCCUUUGGUGGCUCCGCAAUUGCGUCACACCUUCUGUACGGAGCCUCCAGAUCACAUUACCUGAGCAAGCAUAAAUUGGCUUUGAAGAGCGAAACGUGAAGGGAGGCGAAGUAUGAACAGCAGCUACGUUAGUAAAACUAAUGUGUGCGUAAAAUAACAAAUGCGCAGAACGUGAUCCAGAUCCAUAGCUUUAAGGGGUUUCUGGAGGUGUGGGCAGGGGCAGGGCGAAAGCUCUCUAUCUGUAGGCACAGCCCUUUUUGUGGGUUGAACUAUCCCUUUCAUCAGCCCAAUGAGCCCAGUGUCACAUUUGUAGCCUUUGGAGUAGUUUAGACUUGCACUCUUUGUCUUUAAUGGAUGUUGAUGCAUAUGCAUGGGAAAUGAUAACAUUUCAUUCACACUAAGUGAAAGCAAAUGAUGUGUCGGGUGAUUUGACAGCCUUAAAAUUACCCAGUGUUGCUCUUAUCAGAUCUUAUGUUUAGCAGAGAUAUGCAUCCUUUUCACAGGUCCAGACGUUGCUCCCUCUCUGGCCUCUUCCUACCCCUUAUCAUGACUCCAGUUCCAUUGCAUUCCAUUGGGUCAUUCCACAUAGCUAUAUGCUGCCUGAGGCAAAUGUCCCGACGCUGCCCGACUCUAACCAAAUGCUCUGUUUAAAUGCAAAUAUGCCUCGCAACGCUAUAUGGUUUGGGAAACAUUUAGAACUUAACUUUUCUAUAAGCGAGAAAUUAUUAUUCUAAUACAAAAUAUACACUUACUGUACCCAGUUUAGCAAAGUUGCAUCCGGCUGUAUUUUGAGAAACUCAUGCGAUCCAGCCGUAAAUGUGGAAUGGAAUGGUCCAAUGGAAAUGCGAGCACAAGGUGAGAGUAUGUGUCCUACCUCGGCUGGAGGCAGUGUGUGAAAAGAUUCGGGUGCUACUUUGCUAAACUGUGUAUUGUAAGUGUAUCUUUUGUAUUUAAAAGAUUAGUUCUCGCUGGUAUGAAAGUUAAAAUCCAAAUGUUUCCAAAACCGUAUCGCAAGCGAAGAUUGUUAAUGUUUCUAAACUUUAAAACCGAGCGUGGGGAUUGUAGUUCACAUGGCGCCAGCUGCAAUCCAUAUGUUCAGCUGAAAAGCCAAAAGCUGAUAAGCCAAGACGGGGACCGUUGUAAGCCCCCUUGGGCCCCCUUUGGUCAAUUGAGAGCUAGCCUCUUACCAAAAAGACUGUCUCUCUGUCAUCAGAGACUUAUUUCAUCCCAGUCAUCGCUGGUUUACACAGAUGUAUUGAUGUCAAAGCUACAAAUUUAAGUUGAGCAGGUGUAAAUGGAGAAUUUAAUUAAUUGCAAAUUCCCCCUUAAAUGCUGAUCUGCUUGUUCAGACCUGCAUAGAUCAAAAACAGGAUAGAUGUGUCAUUGUAAUGAAGUCUCCAUAACUGGUAUCUAUAUAAAGUUUGGUAGUUGGUCAAUUUGUGAACCUUUUGAACAUUCAGAUCACCCUAAAGUGUGAUAUGUUGACAUUUUCCCCCCUACAGAGGAUGGAGCAUUGGCCACCAUCGACGUGGGUUUGGCCUACAGGGAUGACACGCUCAGCGAGUGGACAGAGAUGGCCCACUCCAUAGAACAGAGGAAGCUCAGCUGCAACUUCACCACCACCAAGGUAAACACUUUGUGGAGUGCUCAACACUUCCAGUCCUCAAUAUCUGUUGUGCUACUGGCUUUUGUUUAAUUUUGCCAUCUGAUUGCUCACACUUGAUUUUUCAGGUAUUAAUCAGUCUCUCAAAGUCCCAUCGUUUCAGCUCAUCAGAUUAUUUUUGUGUAAAAGAAGAAAUCCAUAUAAGUUGAGUUGUUGUCCAAUUGGAUAUCUCUUACCGUUAUCAUCUUGUGUCCUGUAGACGUAUGAGAAUGAGGGCCGCUACUAUGAGUGUGACCUGCUGCCCUUCAUGGAGCUGGGCAACGUGGCCCACAAGUACUACCUGCUCAACAUCCGCCUGCCCGUCAGCGAACGCAAGAAGAUCAACGUGGGCAUCGGUGAGAUCAAGGACAUCCGCCUGGUGGUGAGCAUUCUCUACCACACAUCUCUUCCAUAUCGCCCCGUCUCCUCUCAGUUGGGAGAGACUAUAAUAUAUCCUUGAUUAUCAAAUAUUCUUUACUAUCGAGGCUUCACACGCCCAAAGUGUGAAAAUACUUUGGUUAGGUUUUUUGAUUUUGUCCAAACUGAUCGUCAAAAUGGCAAAACAAGAUGUUGAGAUGAACUGUGUGUAAGACUGUGGCUAACGUUUAAUUUCCUAUCCUAUCAGGGUAUCCAUCAGAACGGCGGUUUCACCAAGGUGUGGUUCGCCAUGAAGACCUUCCUCACACCCAGCAUCCUCAUCAUCAUGGUGUGGUACUGGAGACGCAUCACCCUGAUGACACGACCCCCUGUGCUGUUGGAAAAGUAAGGCGGCCAUAUUGUUUAUUGUACUGUAAACGGGAUGUUUCUUUGUUCUAUAUUCAAAUUUGGCGUCAAAACAGAGUUCAGUCAUCCAUUGACAUUGGUUGCUUUGUGCGCUGGCGCACCAUGUAGAUUGUGUGAAUCAAGAAUGUAUCUCUAAUCCAAAAUGCAUGGAUGUCCUUGUCCUAGCUAUACACACAAGUCAAACCUUCAGCCAGGGUAAAACCCAGUAACCCCAGUGGAUACCAGUUAGGCCUAGUGCUUAUGGUAACAUUAGUACAGGAAGAGACAUGUCAUUAGAUUAACUAUGGAUGAACUGUGCAUCUAGGUCAGAUCUUCUCAGUGCGCAGUGUCCUGGGUCCGUAUUCACAAAGCAUCUCAGAGUAGGAUUGCUGAUCUAGGAUCAGCUCCCCUUUGUGCAUGCACUCGUAUUCAUCAUGAUCUAAAAGGCUAAAUUGAUCCUAGAGCAGCAGCUACACUGUUUAAUAAAAAUUAGAACCAAAUGUAGCUUUUUCUAACUAAAAUGAUAACUAACACCAGAUUGCAAUGAUGUACCAAUGUAGUGUAGAAUGAUACCCUGUGCAGGGAGCUAAAGGUUCAGUUUAGUUUACCCCCUGCAGUGAGGGGAGAGCGUAUCAGUAUGUCUCUGCGUUCAACACCACAGGAACGUUCGUUGAGGCGUAAAGCGUGUAACACAGUCUUCUAGCACACAACUAACACUUCCACCUCAAUCUUUCCUCACUCUCUCCAUCUUGUCCUUGGUCUUCGGCUCAGAGCCCUCAUUCCCAAAUGGCCGCAGAGUUCUCAGGAAAUGGCACUCGAACUCUAUUUGUGGAGAGGAGAUAAAAAAUGUUCAUGCUGUAAAAGCUUUGGUGAAGCCGUCAUGCUAUUCCUUAGAGGUGUUGAGAUGGAAAUCUUAUCAGAUAACUUUUAUUUUAGAACUAACAAGAGAUGUAAUGGGGAAAUGCCUCUCAUAGGUACUUAGGCUCCCUGCUGUCUCUGAUGGUGGGAUUCGUGGGAACUGGGCCAAUGUUACAUUAUUGUCUAUGUAAAAAAGUCAGUUGACUGAAUGAGCAAGGUGGUUGACACCGGAUUUGUUAAAAGCACUUGAAUGUUUGUGUAGUGGAUUAUUUAGGUUUUUGUGCUCAAGACCUUUGAAAAACAAAACAACUCGAUGACCACCAUGCCUCAGGAUACGGUUCUCUUUCCAAACCGAAAGUACAUUGUCAUUAUCAGUAUUUAACACAAUUAAUUGCUGGUGGACUACUUGGAAAGGUUUCCUGGAAAAAUAUAAAGUACUCGAAGAAUCAAUUUAUCUAUGCCUGAAGUCUGUUUCCACUAAAGCUAUAUUUUAUUCUGUUUAGUUUAGUUAUUAAAAGAGAACUGUAUCCUAAGGCGUGGUGGUCAUCGUGUUGUAUUGUUUUUCAAAGUACUUGAGCACAAAAAACUAAUAAUUUACUACACAAACAUUCAAGUGUGCUGUAAGUUGAGGCCUCUCUUACGAGUUAUGUAGCUAACUCUGCAGCUUGUUUAGUUUAAGUGCUCUUCUUUAUAUACACCUUCCUCUCUCACGACUGUAUAGUCGCAGAGCGCAGGACAUUCCCUGCAUACCAGCCCAAUGUGGUCUCACUGUUCACUCGGUAGAACAUGCCGGAACGGUUCUCGCUGCCGACUCUUCUGGAAUGUGAUUAAUGUUUUUAGAGUCAAUUGCAAAACCCUCAUCCACACACACACACACAAUUCCCCCACUCUCAGCCCGCACUGCACCCCUCCUUCCCGCUCCCUGUAUUACACCCCCCCCUUCUAUACCCCCCUCUCUACACCCUCCUGCUUACACCCCCCCUAUCCCUCACCCGCUCCCGCAUUACACCCCCCUAUCCCUCCCCCUCUGCAUACCCCCUCUCCCUCACCCGCUCCCUGCAUUACACCCCCCUCUCUAUCCUCACCCUCCCUAUCCCUCACCCACUCCCGCUCCCUGCUCUUCCUCACCCACUCCCCUGCCUUCCUCCCAUCCUCUUUGUGAUUAUCCUUUCAUCUUGUCCCAGCAUGUAAGGACUUGCAGCCAUUGAACAGAGAAGCCUUAUUAGGUUGAUAUUUAUUUAUUUUACCCGCAGUGAUUUAUCAAAGCCAGCAGUGUGGUCCAGUGGUCAGGGAGGUGGAGUCUCCCCAGUUGUUAUGGAGGUGGACUAUGGAGUCUCCCCAGUGGCUAUGGAGGUGGACUAUGGAGUCUCCCCAGUUGUUAUGGAGGUGGACUAUGGAGUCUCCCCAGUUGUUAUGGAGGUGGACUAUGGAGUCUCCCCAGUGGCUAUGGAGGUGGGCUAUGGAGUCUCCCUAGUGGCUAUGGAGGUGGGCUAUGGAGUCUCCCUAGUGGCUAUGGAGUCUCCCCAGUGGUUAGGUAGUUGGACUAUGGAGUCUCCACAGAGAGACUCCCCCGACUAUGUCUCCCUUAGCAGUCUAAUGAGAUGGGUCUCCCCUAUGUCUGACCCCAUGUUAUGAGUUCUCCGGUGACAUUUCUGUCCGAUUUUUGUUUGGCUAUGUUGAGUUGAAAGAACGUGUUAAAGUAUCUGAGCCCAACCUUUUAACAAUUCUGCUGAUAAAAAAAAAAAAGUAAUGUCUAUAGUGAUUUAUAUUGAUUGUGAGCAUUAUGUUAAUGAAGUAUGCUAUUAAUGACGAUGAUUGAUAUUUGUUUUUAUGUUGAUGAUCAUGUUGAUCAUGAUGGUGGUAGUGGUGAUAAUAAUGAUUUUGAUGAUGAUGAUGAUGGAGUUGAUGAUGUGUCCUCCAGGGUGAUCUUUGCACUGGGCUUGUGCAUGACCUUCAUCAACAUCCCGGUGGAGUGGUUCUCUGUGGGCUUCAACUGGACCUGGAUGCUGCUGUUCGGGGACAUCCGGCAGGGCAUCUUCUACGCCAUGCUGCUCUCCUUCUGGAUCAUCUUCUGUGGAGAGCACCUCAUGGUCUGUCGCCUGUCUCUUCACCUUUCUUCUCACCGACUUAGUAUCCAUUUAGCUAAUGACUUAGUAUCCAUCGAGCUAAUUACUUAGUAUCAAUUGAGUUAAUGCGACUUAGUAUCCAUUGACUUAGUAUCCAUUGACUUAGUAUCCAUUGAAUUAGUAUGCAUUGAAUUAGUAUCCAUUGACUUAGUAUUCAUUAGUAUCCAUUGACUUAGUGUCCAUUGACUUAGUAUGAAUUAGUAUCCAUUGAAUUAGUAUCCAUUGACUUAGUAUGACUUGGGGCUUGAUUCAAUCCAUAGUGCGGAAGAUCACCGUUGUAGCGCGGUUGACAUUCAAAGGUAAUUUCCGAUUGAGCUGACAUAUGCAGCGUUUACCGUGAAUGCAGUCUACGCGAAAGUGGUAACAUUGCCUAUCAAAUCAAAUGUAUUUAUAAAGUUAUUUUUACAUCAGCAGAUGUCACAAAGUGCUUAUACAGAAACCCAGCCUAAAACCCCAACCAGCAAGCAAUGCAGAUGUAGAAGCACGGUGGCUAGGAAAAACUCCCUAGAAAGACAGGAACCAGGGAAGAAACCUAGAGUGGAACCAGGCUCUGAGGGGAGGCCAGUCCUCUUCUGGCUGUGCCGGGUGGAGAUUACAGUAUAAAAGUACAUGGCCAUUAAGGCCAGAUCGUUCUUCAAGAUGUUCAAACGUUCAUAGAUGACCAGCAGGGUCAAAUACACUGAACAAAAAUAUAAACGCAGCAUGUAAAGUGCUGGUUUCAUGAGCUGAAAUAAAAGAUCCCAGAAAUGUUACAUGUGCACAAAAAGCUUAUUUCUCUCAAAUGUUGUGCCCAAAUUUGUUUACAUCUCUGUUAGUGAGCCUUUCUCCUUGACAAGACAAUCCAUCCCCUGACAGGUGUGGCAUAUCAAGAAGCUGAUUAAACAGCAUGAUCAUUACACAGGUGCACCUUGUGCAUGAGGCAAUAAAAGGCCACUCUAAAAUGUACAGUUUUGUCACACAACACAAUGCCACAGGAGUCUCAAGUUUUGAGGGAGGGUGCAAUUGGCAUGCUGACUGCAGGAAUGUCCACCAGAGCUGUUGCCAGAGAAUUGAAUGUUCAUUUCUCUACCAUAAUUAAUCAAUCAAUCAAAUUGAUUUCUAAAGCCCUUUUUACAUCAGCAGAUGUCACAAAGUGCUUAUACAGAAAGCCGCCACCAAUGUCGUUUCAGAGAAUUUGGCAGUACGUCCAACCGGCCUAACAAUCGCAGACCACGUGUAUGGCGUCGCGUGGGCGAGCGGUUUGAAUUAGUAUCCAUGGACUUAGUAUGACUUCGUAUUACUUUGUAUCCAUAGUCCUAAAACCUUUUAUGCUGCUUAGUGUCUGGCUAUCUGCUAUGAUAAAUAAAAGUUAUAGAAGGAUAGGUCUGUCAUGGUAUUGUGACCUUUGUGGUAAACACCAAAUUAGCUGUGAGUCUUUCUGGGUAAGUCUAAGAGCUUUACACACCUGGAUUGUGCGACAUUUGCCCAUUUUAUUAUUUUCUAAAUUCUUCAAGCUCUGUCAAGUUGGUUGUUGAUCAUUGCUAGACAACCAUUUUUAGGUCUUGCCAUAGACUUUCAAGUAGAUUAAAGUCAAAACUGUAACUCGGCCACUCAGGAACAUUCACUGUCUUGGUAAGUAACUCCAGUGUAGAUUUGGCCUUGUGUUUUAGGUUAUUGUCCUGCUGAAAGGUGAAUUCAUUUUCCAGUGUCUGUUAGAAAGCAGACUGAACCAGGUUUUCCUCCAGGAUUUUGCCUGUGCUUAGCUCCAUUCCGUUUAUUUCUAUCCUGAAAAACUCCCCAGUCCUGAACGAUUUCAAGCAUACACAUAACAUGAUGCAGCCACCACUAUGCUUGAAAUAUGGAGAGUGGUACACAGUAAUGUGUUGUAAUGGAUUUUCUCCAAACAUAACACUUUGUAUUCAGAACAAAAUGUUUUUUGCAGUGUUACGUUAGUGCCUUGUUGCAAACAGGAUGCUUUGGAACAUUUUUAUUCUGUACAGGCUUCCUUAUUUUCACUCUGUCAAUUAGGUUAGUAUUGUGGAAUAACUACAAUGUUGUUAAUCCAUCCUCAGUUUUCUCCUGUCACAGCCAUUGAACUCUGUAACUGUUUUAAAGUCACUAUUGGCCUCAUGGUGAAUUCCCUGAGCGGUUUCCUUCCUUCUCAUCUACCAAUAGGUGCCCUUUGCGAGUCAUUGGAAAGUCUCCUUGGUCUUUGUGGUUGAAUCUGUUUGAAAUACACUGCUGGACUGAGGGACCUUACAGAUAAUUGUAUGUGUGGGGUACAGAGAUGAGGUAGUCAUUCGAACAUAAUGUUAAACACUAUUAUUGCCCACAUGUCCAUGCAACUCAUUAUUAUUUUACCGUUGAACGUAUUUAGGCUUGCCAUAACAAAUGGGUUGAAUACUUAUUGACUCAAGACAUUUCAGCUUUUCAUUUUUAAUUCAUUUGUAAAAAAUUCUAAAAACGUAUUUCCACUUUGACAUUAUGUUUUUUUUUGUGUAGGCCAGUGAAAAAAAAUGGAAAUGUAAUCCAUUUAAAUGCAGGCUGUCACAUAACAACAUGUGGAAAAAGUCAAGGGGUGUGAACACUUUCUGAUGUAGAUACAUGGUUUGUUUAGACCAGGAUUGUUUUCUAACUUGUUUUGUCAUUUCAUCCCUCCUCUCUUGUCUUUCUGUUCUGUCUUUAUCAUUACCCCUUCCUCAGGACCAGAUGGAGAGGAACCGUUUCUCAAUCUACUGGAAGCAGGUGGGACCCAUUGUCUUCGGCUCCUUCUGCCUCUUCAUCUUCGACAUGUGUGAGAGGUGAGGCUGAAACACACACACAACACAGUUCCUUCGUCACACUGUCAAAAUAAAACGUAUUUAAAGGUUACCGCCACAAUUCUGCAGGGACCAUUUCUGACAUAUUUGUUUUUCCCACCAGGGGAGUCCAGUUGAAGAACCCUUUCUACAGUAUUUGGGCUUCCGACGUGGGGACUGAGUUGGCUGUAUCCUUUUGAUUACUCCUUACCUUAAGUGGACAGACCAAGGGAGACUAAACUAGGGAUGAAUUAUCCCUUGUAAGUCUGAAAAAGAAUGUGUCCAUGCCAUUGUACUGUAUAUCCCCAUUUUAAGCUCCCAGUGUAUCCUAUAAUUAUAAUUUAUCUGAUCUCUCUUUCAUUUCAUUGUAACAUAGGGACAGAUUGUAUGUCAAUAUUUGACAGAGACAUACUAACAUUAAUCAGAGCACGCCUCCUCCAUCAGUCACAGGCUGUCCCUGAGGUCCUCUCCACUGUGUUCUGUGCUGCAGUGAGGAUGGAGGAAUAAUUCAGUGUUGCUGUCAGUGCCUACUCCUGCCUUGGGCCAUCUCUCUCCUGGGUCUCCCCUCUGCCUCCUCACUGUGUGUGGAGGAGAGCUGCAGUAGGGAAACCCACAGGCCUAGUUGAUGCAAGAUUCAUCAGUACACCCCCCCCCCCCCCCCCAUCAAUAACUUGUGGCAGCAAGAGUCUCUUGGUGCAUCUCGCUCUCUCCUUCACUCUUGCUCUCUCCCUCUAGCAUUCCCUCUUUCUCUCCCACGCUCUUUCUUUCUUGCUCACUCUCCAGUCCAGUGGAAGAAGAAAGCCCUGUGAAAAGACAGCCAUCUCUAUCAAGCCUGGAAGUAGAACAUGGCAUAUUCACUAGCUUUUAGAACCUUUCAGCUGAGGAGGUUUCUAUUUUUUUCUACUUAGUGUUCCUAGAAUUAAGCUGUCCGAAGCCAGCCAUUGGUUUCUAUCAGUCUGUUGGAAAAUGUACGUUGAGCUAAGGCUGGGCGUCCAUAUCUAAAGUAAGGGCAGCGAUUCCCAAAUGAUGGCGCUUCAGUUAUGUUCGGUCCUGUUUCUCUGUUACAGUUAGUCUUUCAGUUUGUUGAGUAAUAUCGUAACGAUUUAUUAAGCUAUGCUCUAUUAGCAUCACCAUGCUAGUUCCCUCCUUGACUGAGGUUGAUAACAGAUGGCGUUCAUCAUCGUGGCGGGGAUCUGUGCCUGUCUGUACUUCCUCUUCCUGUGCUUCAUGGUGUUCCAAGUGUUCCGCAACAUCAGUGGGAAGAGGUCCUCCCUGCCCGCCAUGUCCAAGGCAAGACGCCUACACUAUGAGGUGUGUGUCUGUUUUUGUGUGUAUACAUUUGUGCACCUAAAAGUGCGUUUUUAUACAUAUAUUUGUUGUGUUUUUUCUGCCUGUCUAAAUUUGUGUGCGUGUGUACCGGGUGUAUCUAAAUAUGUGUCUUCUCAAGAAAUUUCACGUGUGUGUUUCCUUUUUCAUGGAAAGUAAUAGUAACUUUAAUCUUCCUCUCUCAGGGCCUAAUCUUCCGGUUCAAGUUCCUCAUGUUGGUCACUCUGACCUGUGCUGCCAUGACAGUCAUCUUCUUCAUCAUCAGUCAGGUAAGUUCUGUCUUAGUGUGACUCCAGGGGUAUCCCAGAAUCCUCUGGAGAGGAUUAGGUUUUUAAGCAUGUUCAUUAGGGCAUUCCGUAGCUAAAUGUUUUAAAACCGGAAAAAUGAAAACAAGUGUUUCUUAUUGGACAAGUUCAGGGUUUCAUGGUGUUUUUGCUUACGUUUUGUACCUACUGAACACACCGCAUAUUGUGGGUGUCUAGGUGAACGAGGGCCACUGGCACUGGGGAGACUACACGGUGCAGGUGAACAGUGCCUUCUUCACGGGGAUCUACGGCAUGUGGAACCUCUACGUGUUCGCCAUCAUGUUCCUGUAUGCUCCCUCACACAAACGCUACGGAGACGAGCAGUCCAGCGGUGAGUACAACUAACAUCUGCCUCUAAUGGUCAACUCUGUCAGUAGGUCAAACAUUUUAUUUAAGUGCAUCAUAAUAGUCUCAAUAAACUUUACUGUACAGAGAAAAUAAUAACACACAGCAGUGUCUCCUUUUGUGACGAUUAAGUUAAAAUAUCUAAAAGUUAAAUAUCUUACAUUUUAAUUUUUAUGUAAUUUUUAAAUGUAUCUUGAAAUAAGAUAAACCUUUUUAGAUUAAAUUAAGCAAAAUUAUCUGCCAAUGACUUUAUAUAUGGUAAGUAAAAAAUAGAAAUAAAACACUAAUUUUAUCACAGAAUGUAAGAUAUUUAUUAGGCUUGCUUAGAUUUCCCUUUUUGCAUUGCACAGUUUCAAAAGACAAAGUAAUAAAGUAUGCCGUCUUUCGUGAAGCAGAAGGCAUGAAAUGAGGAAAAAGUUCAAUAAAAGCUGUCUUAAAAAGUUUGCACAUUGCGGGGAACUCAGACAAAAUAAGUCCAAGUCAAUGCUUUUCAACAGAAACAGAAAUUAAGGUUUUCUUAUUGACUUCAGGUUCAGGUUGCCCCUCCUCAGGGCCGGUUCCAGGCAUAAACAACAUAAGUGGUCGCUUAGGGCCCCUGGCCGCUAGGGGGCCCUUGACCCCAAAAAAUUAUACAGUGCCUUCAGAACCGGACCUGAGGAGGGUCCCCCCGUGUGGUUCUGGGAUUUUUGCUCACCGUUCUUGUGAUCAUUUUGACCCCAACGGGGUGAGAUCUUGCGCAGAGCCCCAGAUCGAGGGAGAUUAUCAGUGGUCUUGUAUGUCUUCCAUUUCCUAAUAAUUGCUCCCACAGUUGAUUUCUUCAAACCAAGCUGCUUACCUAUUGCAGAUUCAGUCUUCCCAGCCUGGUGCAGGUCUACAAUUUUGUUUCUGGUGUCCUUUGACAGCUCUUUGGUCUUGGCCAUAGUGGAGUUUGGAGUGUGACUGUUUGAGGUUGUGGACAGGUGUCUUUUAUACUGAUAACAAGUUCAAACCGGUGCCAUUAAUACAGGUAACGAGUGGAGGACAGAGGAGCCUCUUAAAGAAGAAGUUACAGGUCUGUGAGAGCCAGAAAUCUUGCUUGUUUGUAGGUGACCAAAUACUUAUUUUCCACCAUAAUUUGCAAAUAAAUUCAUAAAAAAAUCCUACAAUGUGAUUUUCUGGAGAAAAAAAAUCUAAAUUUGUCUGUCAUAGUUGACGUGUACCUAUGAUGAAAAUUACAGGCCUCUCUCAUCUUUUUAAGUGGGAGAACUUGCACAAUUGGUGGCUGACUAAAUACUUUUUUCCCCCACUGUAUGUUAGAAUCACCUUUGGCAGCGAUUACAGCUGUGUGUCUUUCUGGGUAAAUCUUAAGAGCUUUGCACACCUGGAUUGUAUAAUAUUUGGCCAUUUAUUUUCAAAAUUCUUCAAGAUCUGUCAAAUUGGUUGUUGAUCAUUUCUAGACAACCAUUUUCAAGUCUUGCUAUUUAAUUUCAAGCAGAUUUAAGUCAACUGUAAUUCGGCCACUCAGGAACAUUCACUGACUUCUUGGUAAGCAACUCCAGUGUAGAUUUGGCCUUGUGUUUGAAGUUAUUGUCCUGCUGAAAGGUGAAUUCAUCUCCCAGUGUCUGGUAGAAAGCAGGCAACCAGGUUUUCCUCCAGGAUUUUGCCUGUGCUUAGCUCCAUUCCUUUUAUUUUUUAUCCUGAAAAACUCCCCAGUCCUUAACGAUUAACGAAGUAUACCAAUAACAUGAGUGGUACUCCAUAUUGUGUUGGAUUGGAUUUUCCCCAAACAGAACACUUUGUAUUCAGGACAAACUGUUAAUUGCUUUGCCACAUUUGCAGUAUUACUUUAAUUUGCCUUGUUGCAAACAGGAUGCAUGUUUUGGUAAUUUUUUAUUCUGUACAGGCUUCCUUAUUUUCACUUUGUCAAUUAAGUUAUUAUUGUGGAGUAACUACAAUGUUGUUAAUCCAUCCUCGGCUUUCUCCUAUCACAGUCAUUAAACUCUGUUUUAAAGUCUCUAUUGGCCUCAUGGUGAAUUCCCUGAGUGGUUUCCUUCCUCUCCGGCAACUGAGUUAGGAAGGAAGCCUGUAUCUUUGUAGUGACUGGGUGUAUUGAUACACCAUCUAAAGUGUAAUUAAUAACGUCACCAUGCUCAAAGGGAUAUUAAAUGUCUGCUUUUUUAUUUUUACCCAUCUACCAAUAGGUGGCAUUCUUUUCGAGGCAUUGGAAACCUCCCAGGUCUUUGUGGUUGAAAUUCACUGCUCAACUGAGGAACCUUACAGAUAAUUGUAAGUGUGGGAACAGAGAUGAGGUAGCCAUUCAAAAAUAAUGUUAAACACUAUUAUUGCACAUGGAGUGAGUCCAUGCUACUUAUUAUGUGACUUGUUAAGCACAUUUUUACUCCUGAACUUAUUUAGGCUUGCCAUAACAAAGGGGUUGAAUACUUAUUGACUCAAGACAUUUCAGCCUUUCAUUUUUAAUUAAUUUCAAAAAAUGUCAAAAACAUAAUUCCACUUUGACAUCAAAUCAAACUUUAUUUGUCACAUACACGUAUUUAGCAGAUGUAAUAGCGGGUGUAGCAAAAUGCUUGUGCUUCUAGCUCCGACAGUGCAGUAAUAUAUAACAAGUAAUAUCUAACAAUUUCACAACAUAUACCCAAUACACACAAAACUAGUAAGGAAUGGAAUUUAAGAAAAUAUACAUUUAGUUGAAGUCGGAAGUUUACAUACACUUAGGUUGGAGUCAUUAAAACUCGUUUUUCAACCACUCCACAAAUGUCUUGUUAACAAACUAUAGUUUUGGCAAGUCAGUUAGGACAUCUACUUUCUGCAUGACACAAGUAAUUUUUCCAACAAUUGUUUACAGACAGAUUAUUUCACUUAUAAUUCACUGUAUCACAAUUCCAGUGGUUCAGAAGUUUACAUACACUAAGUUGACUGUGCCUUUUAAACAAAAUGAUGUCAUGGCUUUAGAAGCUUCUGAUAGGCUAAUUUACAUCAUUUGAGUCAAUUGGAGGUGUACCUGUGGAUGUAUUUCAAGGCCUACCUUCAAACUCAGUGCCUCUUUGCUUGACAUCAUGGAAAAAUCAAAAUAAAUCGGCCAAGACCUAAGAAAAAAAAUGGUAGACCUCCACAAGUCUGGUUCAUCCUUGGGAGCAAUUUCCAAACGCCUGAAGGUACCACGUUCAUCUGUACAAACAAUAGUACGCAAGUAUAAACACCAUGGGACCACACAGCCGUCAUACCACUCAGGAAGGAGACGCGUUCUGUCUCCUAGAGAUGAACGUACUUUGAUGCGAAAAGUGCAAAUAAAUCCCAGAACAACAGCAAAGGACCUUGCAGCAUCAUGCUGUGGGGGUGCUUUGCUGCAGGAAAAAUAGAUUGCAUCAUGAGGAAGGAAAAUUAUGUGGAUAUAUUGAAGCAACAUCUCAAGACAUCAGUCAGGAAGUUAAAGCUUGGUCGCAAAUGGGUCUUCCAAAUGGACAAUGACUCCAAGCAUACUUCCAAAGUUGUGGCAAAAUGGCUUAAGGACAACAAAUUCAAGGUAUUGGAAUGGCCAUCACAAAGCCCUGACCUCAAUCCUAUAGAAAAUGUGUGGGCAGAACUGAAAAAGUGUGUGCGAGCAAGGAGGCCUACAAUCCUAACUCAGUUACACCAGCUCUGUCAGGAGGAAUGGGCCAAAAUUCACCCAACUUAUUGUGGGAAGCUUGUGGAAGGCUACCCAAAACGUUUGACCCAAGUUAAACAAUUUAAAGGCAAUGCUACCAAAUACUAAUUGAGUGUAUAUAAACUUCUGACCCACUGGGAAUGUGAUGAAAGAAACAAAAGCUGAAAUAAAUAAUUCUCUCUACUAUUAUCCUGACAUUUCACAUACCUAAAAUAAAGUGACCUAAAACAGGGAAUUUUUACUGGGAUUAAAUGUCAGCAAUUGUGAAAAACUGAGUUUAAAUGUAUUUGGCUAAGGUGUACAGUGAGGGGAAAAAAGUAUUUGAUCCCCUGCUGAUUUUGUACGUUUGCCCACUGACAAAGACAUGAUCAGUCUAAUUUUAAUGGUAGGUUUAUUUGAACAGUGAGAGACAGAAUAACAACAAAAAAAUCCAGAAAAACGCAUUUUUAUAAAUUGAUUUGCAUUUUAAUGAGGGAAAUAAGUAUUUGACCCCUCUGCAAAGCAUGACUUAGUACUUGGUGGCAAAUCCCUUGUUGGCAAUCACAGAGGUCAGACGUUUCUUGUAGUUGGCCACCAGGUUUGCACACAUCUCAGGAGGGAUUUUGUUCCACUCCUCUUUGCAGAUCUUCUCCAAGUCAUUAAGGUUUCGAGGCUGAUGUUUGGCAACUCGAACCUUCAGCUCCCUCCACAGAUUUUCUAUGGGAUUAAGGUCUGGAGACUGGCUAGGCCACUCCAGGACCUUAAUGUGCUUCUUCUUGAGCCACUCCUUUGUUGCCUUGGCUGUGUGUUUUGGGUCAUUGUCAUGCUGGAAUACCCAUCCACGACCCAUUUUCAAUGCCCUGGCUGAGGGAAGGAGGUUCUCACCCAAGAUUUGAUGGUACAUGACCCCGUCCAUCGUCCCUUUGAUGCAGUGAAGUUGUCCCGUCCCCAAAGCAUAAUGUUUCCACCUCCAUGUUUGACGGUGGGGAUGGUGUUCUUGGGGUCAUAGGCAGCAUUCCUCCUCCUCCAAACACGGCGAGUUGAGUUGAUGCCAAAGAGCUCGAUUUUGGUCUCAUCUGACCACAAUACUUUCACCCAGUUCUCCUCUGAAUCAUUCAGAUGUUCAUUGGCAAACUUCAGACGGCCCUGUAUAUGUGCUUUCUUGAGCAGGGGGACCUUGCGGGCGCUGCAGAAUUUCAGUCCUUCACGGCGUAGUGUGUUACCAAUUGUUUUCUUGGUGACUAUGGUCCCAGCUGCCUUGAGAUCAUUGACAAGAUCCUCCCGUGUAGUUCUGGGCUGAUUCCUCACCGUUCUCAUGAUCAUUGCAACUCCACGAGGUGAGAUCUUGCAUGGAGCCCCAGGCCGAGGGAGAUUUGUUUUUCUUCCAUUUGCGAAUAAUCGCACCAACUGUUGUCACCUUCUCACCAAGCUGCUUGGCGAUGGUAGCCUUGUGUAGGUCUACAAUCUUGUCCCUGACAUCCUUGGAGAGCUCUUUGGUCUUGGCCAUGGUGGAGAGUUUGGAAUCUGAUUGAUUGAUUGAUUGAUUGAUUCUGUGGAUAGGUGUCUUUUAUACAGGUAACACGCUGAGAUUAGGAGCACUCCCUUUAAGAGUGUGCUCCUAAUCUCAAUUCGUUACCUGUAUAAAAGACACCUGGGAGCCAGAAAUCUUUCUGAUUGAGAGGGGGUCAAAUACUUAUUUCCCUCAUUUAAAAUGCAAAUCAAUUUAUAACAUUUUUGACAUGCGUUUUUCUGGAUUUUUUUGUUGUUAUUCUGUCUCUCACUGUUCAAACAAACCUACCAUUAAAAUUAUAGACUGAUAAUUUCUUUGUCAGUGGGCAAACGUACAAAAUCAGCAGGGGAUCAAAUACUUUUUCCCCUCACUGUAUGUAAACUUCUGACUUCAACUGUAUAUGGACAAGCAAUGACAGAGCGGCAUGGACUAAGAUACAGUAGAAAAUUAUAGAAUAGAAUACAGUAUAUACAGUGGGGGAAAAAAGUAUUUAGUCAGCCACCAAUUGUGCAAGUUCUCCCACUUAAAAAGAUGAGGCCUGUAAUUUUCAUCAUAGGUACACGUCAACUAUGAUAGACAAAUUGAGAAAAAAAAUCCAGAAAAUCACAUUGUAGGAUUUUUAAUGAAUUUAUUUGCAAAUUAUGGUGGAAAAUAAGGAUUUGGUCACCUACAAACAAGCAAGAUUUCUGGCUCUCACAGACCUGUAACUUCUUCUUUAAGAGGCUCCUCUGUCCUCCACUCGUUACCUGUAUUAAUGGCACCUGUUUGAACUUGUUAUCAGUGUAAAAGUCACCUGUCCACAACCUCAAACAGUCACACUCCAAACUCCACUAUGGCCAAGACCAAAGAGCUGUCAAUGGACACCAGAAACAAAAUUGUAGACCUGCACCAGGCUGGGAAGACUGAAUCUGCAAUAGGUAAGUAGCUUGGUUUGAAGAAAUCAACUGUGGGAGCAAUUAUUAGGAAAUGGAAGACAUACAAGACCACUGAUAAUCUCCCUCGAUCUGGGGCUCCACGCAAGAUCUCACCCCGUGGGGUCAAAAUGAUCACAAGAAUGGUGAGCAAAAAUCCCAGAACCACACGGGGGGACCUAGUGAAUGACCUGCAGAGAGCUGGGACCAAAGUAACAAAGCCUACCAUCAGUAACACACUACGCCGCCAGGGACUCAAAUCCUGCAGUGCCAGACGUGUCCCCCUGCUUAAGCCAGUACAUGUCCAGGCCCGUCUGAAGUUUGCUAGAGUGCAUUUUGAUGAUCCAGAAGAGGAUUGGGAGAAUGUCAUAUGGUCAGAUGAAACCAAAAUAGAACUUUUUGGUAAAAACUCAACUCAUCGUGUUUGGAGGACAAAGAAUGCUGAGUUGCAUCCAAAGAACACCAUACCUACUGUGAAGCAUGGGGGUGGAAACAUCAUGCUUUGGGGCUGUUUUUCUGCAAAGGGGCCAGGACGACUGAUCCGUGUAAAGGAAAGAAUGAAUGGGGCCAUGUAUCGUGAGAUUUUGAGUGAAAACCUCCUUCCAUCAGCAAGGGCAUUGAAGAUGAAACGUGGCUGGGUCUUUCAGCAUGACAAUGAUCCCAAACACACCGCCCGGGCAACGAAGGAGUGGCUUCGUAAGAAGCAUUUCAAGGUCCUGGAGUGGCCUAGCCAGUCUCCAGAUCUCAACCCCAUAGAAAAUCUUUGGAGGGAGUUGAAAGUCCUGUGUUACCCAGCGACAGCCCCAAAACAUCACUGCUCUAGAGGAGAUCUGCAUGGAGGAAUGGGCCAAAAUACCAGCAACAGUGUGUGAAAACCUUGUGAAGACUUACAGAAAACGUUUGACCUUUGUCAUUGCCAACAAAGGGUAUAUAACAUAGUAUUGAGAAACUUUUGCUAUUGACCAAAUACUUAUUUUCCACCAUAAUUUGCAAAUAAAUUCAUUAAAAAUCCUACAAUGUGAUUUUCUUGAUUUUUUUUCUCUCAUUUUGUCUGUCAUAGUUGACGUGUACCUAUGAUGAAAAUUACAGGCCUCUCUCAUCUUUUUAAGUGGGAGAACUUGCACAAUUGGUGGCUGACUAAAUACUUUUUUCCCCCACUGUACAUAUGAGAUGAGUAGUGCAAGAUAUGUAAACAUUAUUAAAGUGACUGUAAACAUUAUUAAAGUGACUAGUGUUCCAUUUCUUAAAGUGGCCAGUGAUUUCAAUAGGCAGCAGCAGCCUCAUGUGCUAGUGAUGGCUAUUUAACAGUCUGAUGGCCUUGAGAUAAAAGCUGUUUUACAUUCUCUUGGUCCCAGCUUUGAUGCACCUGUACUGACCUCGCCUUCUGGAUGAUAGCGGGGUGAACAGGCAGUGGCUCGGGUGGUUGAUGUCCUUGAUGAUCUUUUUGGCCUUCCUUUGACAACGGGUGCUGUAUGUGUCUUGGAGGCGGGUAGUUUGCCCCUGAUAAUGCGUUCGGCAGACCGCACCACCCUCUGGAGAGCCCUGCGGUUGCGGGCGGUGCAGUUGCCGUACCAGGUGGUGAUACAGCCCGACAGGAUGCUCUUAAUUGUGCAUCUGUAAAAGUUUGUGGGUUUUAGGUGCCAAGACGAAUUUCUUCAGCCUCCUGAGGUUGAAGAGGCUCUGUUGCGCUUUCUUCACCACACUGUCUGCGUGGGUGGACCAUUUCAGUUUGUCGGUGAUGUGUACGCCAAGGAACUUGAAGCUUUCCACCUUUUCCACUGCGGUCCCGUCGAUGUGGAUAGGGGGGGUGCACCCUCUGCUGUUUCCUGAAGUCCACGAUCAUCUCCUUUGUUUUGUUGACGUUGAGUGAGAGGUUAUUUUCCUGGCACCACACCUCCUCCCUGUAGGCGGUCUCAUCAUUGUUGGUAAUCAAGCCUACUACUGUUGUGUCGUCUGCCAACUUGAUGAUUGAGUUGGAGGCGUGCUUGGCCACACAGUCAUGGGUGAACAGGGAGUACAGGAGGGGGCUGAGCAUGCACCCUUGUGUUGAGGAUCAGCGAAGUGGAGAUGUUGUUUCCUACCUUCACCACCUGGGGGCGGCCCGUCAGGAAGUCCAGGACCCAGUUGCACAGGGCCUCGAGCUUGAUGAUGAACUUUGAGGGUACUAUGGUGUUGAAUGCUGAGCUAUAGUCAAUGAACAGCAUUCUCACAUAGGUAUUUCUCUUGUCCAGAUUGGAUAAGGCAGUGUGCAGUGUGAUGUGGAUUGCAUUGUCUGGGGAUCUAUUGGGGCGUUAAGCAAAUUGAAGUGGGUCUAGGGUGACAGGUAAGGUAGAGGUCAUAUGAUCCUUGACUAGUCUCUCAAAGCACUUCAUGAUGACAGAGGUGAGUGCUACAGGGCGAUAGUCAUUUAGUUCAGUUACCUUUGCUUUCUUGGGUACAGGAACAAUGGUGGCCAUCUUGAAGCAUGUGCGAACAGCAGACUGGGAAAGGAAGAGAUUGAAUAUGUCCAUAAACACACCAGCCAGCUGGUUUGCGCAUGCUCUGAGGAUGCCGUCUGGGCCGGCAGCCUUGCAGGGGUUAACAUGCUUAAAUGUCUUAAUCACGUCGGCCACGGAGAAGGAGAGGCCACAGUCCUUGGUAGUGGGCCUCGUCAGUGGCACUGUGUUCUCCUCAAAGCGGGCAAAGAAUGUGUUUAGCUUGUCUGGAAGCAAGACGUUGGUGUCGGCAACGUGGCUGGUUUUCUUUUUGUAGUCCGUGAUUGUCUGUAGACCCUGCAACAUACCUCUCGUGUCUGAGCUGUUGAAUUGCGACUCCACUUUGUCUCUAUACUGAUGUUUUGCCAGUUGAAUUGCUUUGUGGAGUGAGUAGCUACACUGUUUGUAUUCAGCCAUAUUCCCAGUCACCUUGCCAUGUUUGAAUGCGGUGGUUCGCACUUUCAGAUUGGCGCGAAUGCUGCCAUCUAUCCACUGUUUCUGGUUAGGGUAGGUUUUAAUAGUCACAAUGGGCACAACAUCACCUAUACAUUUCCUGAUAAACUAUGUCACCGUUUCAGUGUAUUCGUCAAAAUUAUUUUUGGAAGCUACCCGGAACAUAUCCCAGUCCGCAUGAUCAAAACAAUCUUGAAGCAUGGAUUCCAAUUGGUCAGACCAGCGUUGAAUAGUCCUUAGCAUGGGUAUUUCCUGUUUGAGUUUCUGCCUAUAGGAAGGGAGGAGCAAAAUGGAGUUGUGGUCAGAUUUGCCGAAAGGAGGGCGCGGGAGGGCCUUAUAACCAUCCCGGAAGUUCAAAUAGCAAUGGUCGAGGAUUUUGGCAGCGCGAGUACAACAGUCGAUAUGUUGAUAGAACUUCGGCAGCCUAGUCCUCAAAUUUGCUUUGAUAAAAUCCCCGGCUACAAUAAAUGCAGCCUCAGGAUAUGUGGUUUCCAGUUUGCAUAAACUCCAGUGAAGUUCUUUGAGGGCCGUUGUGGUAUCGGCUUGAGGGGGGAUAUACACGGCCGUGAAUAUAACAAAAUAAAAUUAUCUUGGGAGAUAAUACGGUCGGCAUUUGAUUGUGAGAUAUUCUAGGUCGAGUGAACAAAAGGACUCGAGUUCCUGUAUGUUACUACAAUUACACCAUGAGUCGUUAAUCAUGAAACACACACCUCCGCCCUUCUGCUACCCGGAGAGAUAUUUAUUCCUGUCUCUGCGAUGAACUGAGAACCCCUCUGGCUGGACCGAUUUCGACAGAAUAUCCCAAGAGAGCCAUGUUUCCGUGAAACAAAGUAUGUUACAGGCCUUGAUGUCUCUCUGGAAAGAAAUCCUUGCCCGGAGGUCGUCGAUCUUGUUAACCAAAGACUGAACAUUAGCGAGUAGUAUACUUGGAAGUGGUGGGUGGUGUGCGCGACUUCUAAGUCGAACCAGCAUGCCGCUCCGAGUGCCUCUCCUCCACCGGCGAUGUUUUGGGUCAGCCGCUGGAAUCAGUGCAGUUGCCCUGGGGAGAGCAAACAAAGGAACUGCUUCGGGAAAGUCGUAUUCCUAGUUGUAAUGCUGUUGAGUUACCGCCGCUCUGAUAUCCAAUUGUUUUCCCCGGUUGUAUGUAAAUACAAAACACUUUCUGAGCUAAUAAUGUAAAAAAAGAAUACAUAAGAAAACAAAAUACUGCAACGUUUCCUAAGAGCUAGUCGCGAUGCCGCCAUCUUCGUCGGCACCAGGUCCAUAUGGGGUAUUGUGUGUAGGCCAGUGACGACAAGAUCUCAAUUUAAUCAAUUUUUAAAAUUCCGGCUGUAACAACAAAAUGUGGAAAAAGUAAAGGGGUGUGAAUGAUUUCUGUAGGCACUGUAUAUAUUUUUUAGGGGGGGAACUCGUUAUGGUCUCAACUUAGUAUUGAGAGUAAGAAUAGUAGAAUACACCAGGUGCAAUUUCGAAAUGUGGUUGUGCCUCAGCAGUUUUUCUCUUAUGUCAGUCACUGACAGUUACUCAAUUAGCCCUGUCAGCUAACAAUUUUUUUGAUUGCCAGCUAUCUAAACUUGUAGUAAUCAUGGCCAAAUACCGACCGGGGACACGUUCCCAGGGGCCCUGACCUCCAGGGGCCCCCAUUGAUUUUGUUAGUCCUUCUCACUCAGAUAUCUUAUUAACAUGGCAUAAGUCAUUACAAAAGCUAUAGAAUUGCAGGAAAUGUGUUUUAAAACCGCAAAAAAGUAUCUCCACCCCAUGGCAAAAUGGGUAGAAUUGCAUGGAAUGUGUUCAACCCCAUGGCAAAAUGUGUAGAAUAGCAGGACAUUAACUUUUAAAAAUACCAAUUUCUCACCACUGUCAAGAGGGGGGACACCUAAAAUAUUUUGCUGCGAGGUGGGGGGCCCCCACAACCAAAUCUCACUUCGGGCUAGAGCCGGCCCUGCCCCUCCCUGUUUCAGUUUAGUUUCCUUCCAUUUAGUGCCUAAUGAGCACAAAUAAGAUGACCCAGAUGUACUGCUGUCUGUGUAUACUGUACUGAUGUUGUGUUGGUCUCUGUGCAGGAGACGCAGGAGCCAGUGGAGAGGACAUCCAGCUGACCACCACCAUCACCCACGUGGACGGACCCACCGAGAUCUACAAGAUGAUGGGCAAGGAGGCCCAAGAGUAG